UCGAAACAAAUUGUGCUUUUUUUGUUCUAUUUUUACUUAAUCGUACUAAACCAUCAAAUAAAAUUUGUAGUUAACAAAAAGAAUUAGUCUUUUCACGAAUGUGAAAAAGAAUUAUUCUAUAUUUGUUAAGAAAGCAGAAAGAUAAAGUGGAUAAUGAUUAAUGAAUGAUAAAGAUAAACGAAAAUGCGCAAUUUAGAGUUAACUGUACAUGACGUGAAAGUUUUAUAAAAAGACUUUUAUUAUUAUUAUUUUUUCCAUUUUAGGGCUUAUCUGUUCAAAAUUUCCAUUUUUAAAUAAGUGUUCGAUAUCUUUAUUAUCUGAUUAUCGACUGUAAUUCUUUAUCUAUAGUAGAUCAUCUUUAGUUUAUUAUUUUAAUAUAAAAUAUUAACAGGCAAUAUAUAUAUAUAUAUAAAACUGCAUAGAUGAAGAUAUAAAGACAUAAUCUUUCCAUAAUCAUUUGUGGGAAGUAUAAUCAAAUAUGAAUCGUGUAGAUUUAAAAGUUGUGUUACUAGGAAAUGCAGCUGUUGGAAAAACAAGUCUUUCAGAACGUUUUGUAAAUGAAAGAUUCAAUGAGAAUUUAUCUUAUCAAAACACAAUAGGAGCUGCAUUUGCUGCAAAACAAAUAGAAAUUAAUGGACAUAAUAUUGUAAUGGGAAUAUGGGAUACUGCAGGUAAUGAAAGAUAUGAUGCAAUGACAAGAAUAUAUUAUCGUGGUGCUAAAGCUGCAAUAAUAUGUUAUGAUGUUACAAAGUUUAAUACAUUUCAAAAAGCAAAGUUUUGGGUAAGAGAAUUAAGAGGUAUAGAAGAAGAGUGUAAAAUUUAUCUCUGUGGUACGAAAAAAGAUAUUUUAUCAAAUCUUGAUGCGAUAGCAGUACCAGAUAUAGAUAUUGUAAAAAACUAUGCAAAUGGUAUUCAAGCUAAAUUUUUUUUAACAUCGAGUAAAACAGGGGAGAAUGUUGUGGAAUUAUUUACAGAAAUUGCUAAUGAUUUCUUAUCUGUGCCAGAGAACUUACAAAAAAUAGAAGAAACAGUUACUUUAACAAGUAUGCCCAAAACAUCGCAUUGCUGUUAGGCCAUAAAAAACAAAAAAAAUAUUGAAAUGCUUUUGUUCUUCAUGAAAUAUUCAAAAGAGAUAAUGUAAAUUAUAUAAAUACUACAUAUUAAUGUUUGAAAGCAUAUUAAUGUUUGAAAGCUUUAACAUACAAUAAAUUAUUCUUAUAUGACAUAUAA